AUGGUUCCUUUUAUACAUUUUAUUUUUCUUCUUUAUUCUUCCUUCUUAUUCUUUUAUUUUUCAUUUUUAUUCUUCAUAUUUAUUCUUUUUAUUUUUUAUUCAUCCUUUUUAGUAUUCUUCCUUUUAUUUUUCCUUUUUAUUCUUCUUUAUUCUUCUUCCUUUUUAUUCUUUUUCUUUUUCCUUUUUAUUUAUCCAUCAUAUUAUUCUUCAUUUUUAUUCUUCUUUUUACUUCUUUUUUAUUCUUCUUCCUUUUUAUUCUUUUUCUUUUUCCUUUUUAUUAUUCUUCCUUUUUAUUCUUCUUUUUACUUCUUUUUUAUUAUUCUUCCUUUUUAUUCUUCUUUUUACUUCUUCUUUUUUAUUAUUUUUCCUUUUGCUUCUUAUCAACUCAUUUUCUUCAAUUUUACUUUUCUUGUCUUAAUUAUCUUCUCUUUUUCAACUGCACCUUCUCUACAUUUUUCUUCUUUUUCUUUCUUUCAUAGUUUUAUUUCCUCACUCAGCCUUUUUCUUUUUUUCUGUUUUUUUCUUUUUUAUUUUCUCUUUUUUCCUUCAUUUUCUUUCAUUUUUAAUCUCUUCUUAUUCUUCUCCAUCAAUCUCUAUUUCUUUCCUCUUCAUUUUUUAUUUCUUUUUUCAUUCCUUUUGCAGCAGCAGCAGCAGCUUCUUCUUCUUCUUCUUCUUCUUCUUCUUCUUCUUCUUCUUCUUCUUCACUUUUUUCUAGUUGAUUUCUUUAACCUCCUUCCCAACAUAGCUUUACUUUCAUUAUUAUCAUCUUUCUUUUCUCUUUCUCCCUCAGUAUUUUUGGCUUCCCCUCAGCCACCUCUUCUUAUUCCAUUCUUUCUUUUGAUGUUGUUUUUCACCUCACUUGAUCUUAACCCAGUCCCAGGGAGUGUGUCUGAUUUGUUCAAAUGGAUCCAUGCCACACAGAUACUCUCAGUAAUCAAUACAAGUUACAUUUCUCCUUUUUGGGUAUUCACUAAAAGAUUUUUUUUUUCUCUUUUCUUUAUCAAUCUAUGA